UUUGCGAAAGCCACAAACAUUAACGGGAUGGCAAAAUUCGACAGACAUGGAGAAGAAAAUUGAUCUACUAGUCUUUGGCUAUGCCUGUAAGAUUUUCCGUGAUGAUGAGAAGGCACGUGAAAUUGACCAGGGCAAGCAUCUAAUACCGUGGAUGGGCGAUGAUACCCUAAAAAUUGACAGAUACGAUGUGCGAGGAGCACUCUAUGAUUUAACACCGUAUGAACCUCCGCCUGGGGGUGGUUAUGAAAAUCGACUCGAUUGCUUGACUGCCGAAGAACAAAGGGCGGAACAGUUAUGUGAAGAGGAACGAUAUUUGUUUUUAUACAAAAACGAGGAAGACGUUAUAACCAAACAAGAGGAAGAGUUGAAGCGCUUGAAGCAAGAAACAAAUGGUGGUGGCUACAGUCAAGUGGGACACACUUAUGAUGAGUCGAAAGAAAUUAUAGAGAGUCGUGAAGAGUUCAGUAAUUCCCCAACAUGCGAAGAACCCGAACAAAUCUUCCAACUGCCACAGAAUUUCCACGUUCCGCCCGAUAUGCAUUUGCCAGACACAAUGAAACAACAUGCUAUUAUUGAGAAAACCGCACGAUUCAUAGCCUCACACGGCGUUCAAAUGGAGAUUCUUCUCAAGGCGAAGCAGUCCAACAACGUACAAUUUGAAUUUUUGUCACAAAAUUCGUUGCUGUAUCCAUAUUACAGGCAUGUUAUGAGUGCCAUUAAGAAUGGAACGUAUCCAGAAACCUUCAGCAAACAAGAAACUGGCAAUUCCGAAGGGGAUAGUUCUCUGAGGACAUAUGGAUCCGCAGCUGUAAGUGCUGAGGAAAAACCAGUUGUUUUAGUGCCCAUGGUCAAGUACAAACCUUCAGCAGAUUGUGCAUACACUCAGCUAAUCAGUAAAAUUAAGGGAGUUCCACUAGCAGAGUUGCACGACGAAUCAUCAAGACAAAGCGCGUCUUCACAACAAGAGUCUUCAAACAACUCGCCUUGCAUCACUCCCGUUCUUCUGCAAUAUAACGGUGCAACUUUUAUAACGGAACAAGACGAUUGUUCCGAUUCUAGUAGUCAGAAAGUAGCAAUCACCAACGCCACAAACACAAGUUUAGGCGACACUGAGCCCAAGGUAGAGAUUCUGAAGAACUCGAGUGCUUUGGCUUUGGCUCAAAACUACUCGUCGGACUCUGAAAGCGGCGACGAGGAGGAGAUUACGUCCACAAACCCACUGAGCGAAGUAACACCACCAGCGAAUGUUGAUUUUCCCGUGCCCACCGAAAAUCUUAAGAAUAUUAUUGACAAGACAGCAGUUUAUGUUAUAAAAAAUGGCCGCCAAUUCGAAGAGACUCUGCGAAGUAAAUCGGCCGAACGCUUCACAUUUUUGUUGCCUGACAAUGAAUAUUAUCCAUACUAUAUGUAUAAAAUAACGGGCGAUGUAAACGCGGCUUCUAAGGAAAGAAAACAACGCAAAGCCAAGGAAGUUGCAGAAGCGUUGAUGAACAAAAAGGGACUGAUGCGCGACAAAGGUUCGAACAAUCCCGUAUGCUUUUCUAUAAAACCUAAAGAAGAUGUACCAAACACCACUCUACAGCCUCCGGUUUUACCGCAGGAUACAAGUGAUGACGAAGAAAAACUAAAUACGCCGACUACUACCGCAGCAAAUAUAGCUACAAGCAGCAACCCCAACCGACACGUCCCUGAACACGUACAAAAAGCUAUAUUUGAAGUGGAAUCUCAGCUAAUGGCGCGAAAUGCGCAAAUAGCUGCAGCUGCGUUAGCCUUUCGAAGUUCUAGUAUUUUACCCGUGAAUAAUUUACUUCCCAUUACAACAAUUCCUGCAAUCGCCCCAUUGAAGUCGACAAUGUCUUCUGGAACAUUGGUGGUGUCAUCAAAUGUAUCGGCCGCAUCAAAGGCGGAAGCGGAACGCAACGCUCUAUUCGAACAACAGCAGCAGCAGCGACAUAAGGAAUUAAAAAAAGCCGAGGAAAAGGUCAAAGACAAGUUGGCUCAAAUUGCUAGAGAAAAAUUGGGCGGAAUUGUGUCAAAGGAAAAACAAUUGCAACUGGAACGGAAACGAAAAGCUAUGGCAUUCCUGAACCAAAUUAAGGCCGUUGCGUCCGGGGAAACGAACAACAGGGAACAAUCCACAAAGACUGAUGAAAACACUGAUCAGCCGCGAAAAGAGGAUGGUGCUAGUGAUUCGGAAGGAUCCGUACAGUCUAUACCCAUAACGUCUUACGGACCGGAAGAUAACAGUGAAGACGAAAAUUCAGUGAAUAUGGUGACUCACAAUGUCAUUUCCAAAUUUGUACCUGCAAAAGUGUCCCCACCAACAAAACUUGCCAAAAAGCUUAAUGACCGAUUGCCGAAUAUUAAUGAAACCAAUCACAUCAGGAAAAGAAAGUCCCGAUCAAGAAGUAGGACAAAGGAAGAUGUUUGCUCUUCGGCCACUCAUACUGAGAGUAAGCGUCAGUAUAGAAAACGGGAAUCGCGACCUACGUCAUCAUCCUCGGAAGCUAGCCAUGCUGGUGGCGAUGACGCCAAGAUGCAAAAACAUCGAUCGGAAUCCCGAUCCAAGUCAAAACCACACAAAUCGAAAAAAUCCAAGUCAAAGAAAUCAAAAUCAAAAAAGAAAUCUAAGAAACACCAAAAGUCAAAAUCGAGAUCUCGAUCACGAUCACGAAGCUACAAUCAACACUCGACGCGACGUCAUCGUCGCAGCAGAUCCCGUUCCUAUACCUAUUCUGACGAUUAUUCAAGUGACAAUUCGAAAUGUUAUCAAUCUGAUCAUCGAUCCCACGGGAAUAAGCGACAACGCUAUGGGUAG